AUGAGAAAGUUAAGAGAACAUUUAUUAAUUGGAUUUGGAAAUCCUUUAUUAGAUAUAGUGGCCACUGUAAGUAACGACUUAUUGAGCAAAUACAAUUUAAAACGGAAUGAUGCAAUUUUGGCCAGACAGGAGCAUAAAACUCUUUAUAAGGAUAUUCGCGAAAAGUUUAGUGCCACAUAUACAGCAGGUGGUUCAGUACAAAACACUUUACGCGUAUGCCAGUGGAUUUUGCAAAAACCAAAAAUAGCCACUAUUUUUGGUUGCGUCGGUAAGGACAAUUAUGCAAAAAUUUUAGAAAGAAGAGCAACCGAGGACGGUCUAAAUGUACGCUAUCAGUAUACCGACAAUGCCCCCACCGGUACAUGCGUUGUGCUGAUUACCGGUGAUAGUCGCUCUUUGUGUGCGUAUCUUGCAGCGGCUAGUCACUUCACGCUUGAGCAUAUACAAAAGCCGGAAAAUCGUCAAUUAUUGCAGAAAGUUAAAUAUUUUUAUAUAUCAGGUUUCUUCCUUACCGUCAGUCUGCCGAGCGCAAUGGAAGUCGCUCGCCAUGCGCUCAAGCACAAUGCCACGUUCAUGAUGAACUUAAGUGCUCCAUUUGUGUCGCAACAAUUCAAAGAACCUCUAAUGUCUGUGAUGCCUUAUGUGUGUGUACUUUUUGGCAAUAAAGAGGAGGCGGAAACUUUCGCCCGCGAGCAUAAUUGGGAUACUAAAGAUGUCGAAGAAAUCGGUCAAAGAAUAGCAUCUCUACCGAGGGAAGAUCAUAAACGUGAACGUAUUGUUGUCAUCACACAAAGUUCGCAACCAGUGCUACUUUUUCAGGGCAACUCCAUUAAAGACUUUCCCGUUGAAAAAUUGACGCCCAAACAAAUUGUAGAUACGAAUGGAGCAGGUGAUGCAUUUGUAGGCGGCUUCCUGGCCCAGUAUAUAAUAAAGAAACCUUUAGAUGUUUGCGUAGAUUGCGGUAUUUGGGCUGCCGCACAAAUCAUUCAACAAAGCGGCUGCACCUUCAAAGGCAAACCGACUUUUCGCGGGUGA